AUGAAGUAUAUUGUCGAGCGACAUGGAAAGACAUUAUUGCCGCAAUAUCUGGGAAUGUACCGAUUAACUGUCGACGGAGUCGAGCAUUAUGUAGUCGCCAUAAGGAAUGUGUUUUCGAACCACUUGACAACGCACAAAAAGUUUGAUUUGAAGGGCUCGACAGUGGAUCGAGAAGCGUCCGACAAGGAGAAGGAAAAGGAUCUUCCUACUUAUAAGGAUAAUGAUUUCGUGAAGGAGGGUAUGAAGAUUUACAUUGGAGAAGAGGCCAAAGUUAAGCUAAUAGAAACGUUAACCGCCGAUGUAGAUUUCUUGACGAGAUUACAUUUGAUGGAUUACUCCUUGCUACUUGGCUUGCACGAUUGCGCGCGUGCUGAACAAGAGAGCAGAGAACGUGCGGAGAGGGAGGAUGAUGAGGAUAAUCAUGAAGAGGAAGACGACAGCGAGUCCGGCAGCGGACUAGAAUCUCGAGGUCCAAUGGCAGACCGUUUGUGGGGCUGGAGCGGCGUUGGCCACGCGGUUACCAGCAUGGCAACCCCUCCCGAGUCACCGCACGCCGCGUUGAUGCGCGACACCAGUUUGCAGUACGAGGACGCGAUAAUACCGGAGCUAGAUAUCUACGCAAUUCCUAGUAAAGAAGGUGCUCCAACAAAGGAGAUUUAUUUCCUGGCCAUAAUAGACGUACUCACGCAUUACGGUGUGCGUAAGCAAGCAGCGAAAGCGGCCAAAACCGUCAAGUAUGGUGAUGUCGACGGUAUAUCUACCUGUGAUCCAGAACAAUAUGGCAAACGAUUCAUAGAGUUCAUGAGUAAAGCCAUAGAGUAAAAGGUAUUAUUAAAGAGGAAAAAAAUGAUGAAAUUACGAUGAUAUUAUGUGUACUAUAUUAUGUCGGAAUGAAACUCGAGUUUAUAUCAUGAGAGGGUCGAUAGGGAUCGAUCGUCUCCGUUUAUUUUACUUCUCUUUUUUUGUUGGCCCCAGAUUAUCAUCUCAAAGUAGAGAUUUUCACUUUCACGAUCAAAGUGUGUUGUAACAAAUCGUUUAUUUCGCGAGCGUUUUUUGAGCAAAGCGUGUUUUUCGCGGAAUUGCUUAUUGUUAUCUACGAUCAGCGAGAUAAUCCAUCUCGCUUGACUGUUACUGUAUCCUUAAGGUUCCUGGAUCCUCGUCGCGACUAUGUUAGAUCGUGACGGCAGAGACGACGAGAAAGCACACGUCAAAAAUUCGUAGAUGCCAUUUUUCAGUGAAAAGAUAUUUCGAUUUAUCUUAGAUAAGAUAAAGAUGAUUUCGUUUUAAAUAUAUCUCUAGAUAAAAGAAAAUUAUAUAUGGCGAUUCAUUUGAAUAAUUUCCAGAUAUUUUUAAGAUCGCUUAUGUAAACAGUUAUAAAAACAUUAUAAAAAUAUAUUCAUAUUUUUAUUUGUAAGUUUUUGUCGCUUAAGUUCUACUACUUAAAUCUUUUUAUGUGCUAUAACUCUAACUCAAAUUAUCUGAACAUUAUUUUAGAUAAUUUAGUAAAGAUAACACUUUUUAUUUCAAAACGACAUCUAAGGAUUUUAGCGUAUGUUUCUCGCCUCUGACGCCAUAAUCUGACAUGAUCGAUGAGGAGCCAGGAGCCUUAAUUAGUCUUCACGUCAAUCACAUCAAUUUGAUCGAUUUUUCCAAGUUUUUCUCGUGACAUUUCUCUACAUUCAAGAUAAAAUAAUCGUGCAUAGAAUUAUUACACGUAAUUGUGCAAGAAUUUGCAUCACAGAACGCCUCCUCUUUUCUCUGCCCACUUCUCUCUCUCUCUCUCUCUCUCCCCCCCCUCCUUCCCCCCACCCCCUCCCUCCCCGCUUUUUUUUUACCUGUCGCACAUGAUUCGAAGAAAACGAUAUUAUCCAACAAUUUUGAAUUCGGAUGGAAAAUUAAUUGUAUUGAAGUGAUAAUAAUAUGUAUAGGAAGUUGGGACAGGCAGUCAUUAAAAAGUCGCACCCAUGCUUAUAUCUGUUAUGUGAUAGUCCAUGAUAUCUCAUAAAGAUAUAUUAACAAUUAAUUUUUUUUCGCCGACCGACUAAUGAGCUGUAUUAUUUAUAACAAAUAUCUAGCUUGAUGUUGCAAUAAAUCUCGACCAAGCAGCACUAUUGGCGCUUGCCAAUUAUAGAACUGCCUGGAGGUUUUUGCCUAAUCAUCUUGUCUAAUGAAAUGUAAUUUUAAUAGCUCGAAGCUACAUGAAUGUCUACUGUUUCGCUGAAGUUGUAAUCAUCCAGGUAGCAAACUGACGCCAUUAAAUGUCAUUAAACGUCAAAAUUGCGUCAUUUAACGUCAUUAAACGCCAAAAUGGCAUCAUUCAACGUCAUGAAACGUCAAAAUGACAUCAGCUUGCUACUUGAGCAAUAGUGUGUGUAUGUAUGUACGUGUGUGUGUGUAUGUGUGUGUGUGAAUACACACAUAUGUAUCGUGUAGGUAUACAUCUCCAAAUCAUCACGAAUAAAUGUUACAUUUUGUAGAUAUAGAUUAUUGCAAAUAGAUGAGACGCUUUGAAUAGUCAGUCCGUUGUUACUUUGUAGAAAAAAAAUAUUUACUGGAAAUUAAGCGAUUCGCAUUGAAUAGUAUCUUGCAUGAUACAUAAACUCUCUUUGACAUCUGUUCCGAUAAUUAGAUGAUCAAUAUCAUGACUUAUAUUUCGAAAAAAUAAAUAAAUAAAAUAAUAAAAAUAAAAAUACAUUCAAAUAUUUGAAAAAUACACAAGCACAUCGUAAACUCUUGUACAAUAAAUCAUUUGUGAAAGAUUUCACGUGAAUAUCUUUAGUUUCAUAUUUUCUAUUAUUUGUAAAUUUAUAACUUAAUAAGAAGCGAAGAAUUUUUAAGUAAUAUUUGGUGUGGAAAUUGAGCAAUUUUUAUGUGAAAGAAAAAAGAAAUGCACAAUGCAUAAGACAAUAUUUUUAAAUAAUCUAUUUUGUGUGUAUGCGUGCGUGUAUGUGUGUAUGUAUAAAGUUUGUCAAUUGUACAACGCGCGCGAAAUAAUUAAUUCUCUAGUAAUUAAUAUAUCUAGUCUUGAUAAAAUUGAUAUAUAAUUUUAUUUUAAUACUUUAUCAUUUUUUUUAAAUUAUAUGUGGUGGGUGUGAUAAAUGAAAGGAGGAGGGGAUAUACAUUACUGUAUAUUUUAGAUUUGGAAAAUAGAUUUUUUAUAUGCUUAUUAGUUAUUUCGUCAAAGUAAUGCAGUUAAAACUUGUUACCGACAAGUGAAAUUUGCUAGAUAUGAAUGAAGAAUGUCAAUUAUCAGUACAUUUCUUUUUGGAUGUGACAAAUUCCGAUUCACAUUCAAAUUUAAUUUAUCGGUAUGCAAAAUGUCUGUGCAGCUUUGUUAUAUAUAUAAAAUAAUAUUGCAGUUUCUUUUUAAUUGUUUUUUUUGUUUUCUUUAGUUUAUCAUCUCGACAUGUACAGAAUUCAUAUCUUUCACCUUAUAUAUUAGUAAUAUAAUAUACACGAUUACUUUGGAACAAAAAAGCGUCAAAUGUUAUUCUAUGGCUUGAAAGUAAAACAAAAUAAAUUGUUUAUUUCUAAUAUGUGAAAUAAUUAGCCUUCUAUCUCUGAUAUAUAACAUCGGUUGCAUAAAUUCCAAAGUAUCAAUCAAUCAAUGUGAAAAACAUAAAACUAAAAAAAAUCUCAAGUACAUCUGUUAAAUAAAUAACAAAAAAAAUUAUAAGCAACGAAUUUUGCGAUUUUACAAGUUAUUAUAAUUUUAUAGUACUUAGGGAAGUUUUCGACGAUGUAUAUACAUGAGACUUACGUAGAUGCUAAAUUGUUUUCCAGAUUUAUCUGUCCAUUAUGUCGUUUUGCUGCAACUGGAGAUAUCUGCUUUAGACAUUCUAUAUCGUUAAAUACAAUCUGUGCUCCUCCUCCACACGUUGGCAAUAUAUCAGCCUGCAAUAUACAAGGAUACAAUGUACACUGUAGCUUUAAAUAAAAAAGUGGUGUAGCAAA